AUGCAUUUCAACGAUCUCGCAACCAUUUUCCUUGCUCUUUCUCCUCUAGCCAUCGCAGCAGUAAUUCCAGACCUCGAACCACGUCAAGAGGAAGUCCGAGCCGACGAAGCCAUCUUUCUCGUGAAAUGCAGCAAAUACGUGAAGAACGCUAAAGACGCCUCAGCCAGCGGAAGCAGUGACAAGCUCUUCUACUACAAAGACUACAACAACGCCGUUCUCGCCAAAAACCAGGACGACGAAUGUUUCCCGUCGAAUCCAGGUCCCAAAGAACAUUCCAUCGACUGGACCACUGGCACAUACGAGAAUCCCAUCAAAGGUCAACUUGACAAGAAAGCCGUCACAAUUUGGGGUAUCACAGAACGUGGAGACAAGACUGCCAACACUGCAGGCCACGCGAUGUUUGGAGGAGCCCGAUUCCGCUGCUACGCCAAUGCGGAUUAUGAUAUCAAUCAGGAUUACGGUGAUAAGAUGUAUCAGAAGUGCUAUGCCAAUUACUAUUGCACUCGGGAAGAACGUCAAAUCCGCCGUACAUUCUUCACGGUCUACGAGAAUACCGAAAAGAUUGUCCUGACGGGUAAGGAGGUCCAUGAACCAAAGAGAGAUGGAUAUAUCGCCACCGUCGUGGACGGAGCUUUCGGAAACUUGAAGACGCACAUGGCAAACAAUGCAGCGGACGAUACCCGGUACCCUCUCGGUAACUCGGGCGCUUAUAUGACUUUCACUGUUCGCCGGUCUGAGAAGGAUGGAGAUCUCAACUUUGAGGAGGAUCGCAUUGAUAAAGUUGCGGAUCUGUUGAAGAACCAGUUGAAUGCUAAGAUCUAUGCCACGGAUACCUUGGGAGAAUGUAUCAAGUAUCCUUCUGGCAACAAGGUCCUUGGAACUUGUAAACAUACUAUCACGUUUCCUAAGGAGAUCUUGGUGCAGAUUCAGGUUGCGGAUCAACAAGUCCUCGAUUGGGAUGAUCGGGAUACUGUCGUGAUAAAAGUCUAUUCUGGGAAGGAUUGUAGGAAGGAUAGUGUUGGUGUGAAGAAUAUUCUGGGCGCUAUUUUGAGUGCUGGUGCGGCUGUCUCUUCUGGUGGUUUCAGUGCGGUUGCUGGAGGUUUGGGUGCGAUUAUGGGUAUUACUGCUGGUGGUGAUAACUGCUAG